UUGGGUAUUUUAAGGCGCGAGCCACUAGGGUCGCCUGAGUCCCAUCGCGUGGUGUUCCAGUUCGUGCUUUCUGUCCAUCUGCUCCCCUGGAGCCAUCAGCCAUGGGUCCCUGGACCCACUCCUUGUGCGCCGCCCUGCUGCUGGUGCUUUUGGGAGUCUGCACCGUGCGCUCUGACACUCCUGCCAACUGCACCUACCCCGACUUACUGGGCACCUGGGUUUUCCAGGUGGGCCCUACACGUUCCCGAAGCGACAUUAACUGCUCGGUGAUGGAACCAACAGAAAAAAAGGUAGCAAUACACCUUAAGAAGUUGGACACUGCCUAUGAUGACCUGGGCAAUUCUGGUCAUUUCACCCUCAUUUACAACCAAGGCUUCGAGAUUGUGUUGAAUGACUACAAAUGGUUUGCAUUUUUCAAGUAUGAAGUUAAGGGCAGCACAGCUGUCAGUUACUGCCAUGAUACCAUGACUGGGUGGGUCCAUGAUGUGCUGGGCCGGAACUGGGCUUGCUUUGUUGGCAAGAAGGUGGGAAGUCACUAUGAGAAGGUUGAUGAGAAUGCAGCACACCUUGGAGGUCUCCAGGAAAAACUUUCUGAAAGGCUCUACACUCACAACCACAACUUUGUGAAGGCCAUCAAUACUGUUCAGAAGUCUUGGACUGCAACUAAAUAUGAGGAGUAUGAGAAACUGAGCCUACGAGAUCUGAUAAGGAGAAGUGGCCACGGCCAAAGGAUCCCAAGGCCCAAACCUGCCCCGAUGACUGAUGAAAUACAGCAACAAAUUUUAAAUUUGCCAGAAUCUUGGGACUGGAGAAAUGUUCGUGGAGUCAAUUAUGUUAGCCCUGUUCGAAACCAAGAAUCUUGUGGAAGCUGCUACUCAUUUGCCUCUAUGGGUAUGCUAGAAGCAAGAAUUCGUAUAUUAACCAACAAUUCUCAGACCCCAAUCCUGAGUCCUCAGGAGGUUGUAUCUUGUAGCCAGUAUGCCCAAGGUUGUGAUGGUGGAUUCCCAUACCUCAUUGCAGGAAAGUAUGCCCAAGAUUUUGGGGUGGUGGAAGAAAGCUGUUUUCCCUACACAGCCACAGAUGCUCCGUGCAAACCCAGGGAGAACUGCCUCCGUUACUAUUCUUCUGACUACUACUAUGUCGGUGGCUUCUAUGGGGGCUGCAAUGAAGCCCUGAUGAAGCUUGAGCUGGUCAAACACGGACCCAUGGCAGUCGCCUUUGAAGUCCACGAUGACUUCUUGCACUACCACAGUGGAAUCUACCACCACACUGGGCUGAACGACCCUUUCAACCCAUUUGAGCUGACAAAUCAUGCUGUUCUGCUUGUGGGCUAUGGAAGAGAACCAGUCACUGGGAUAGAAUACUGGAUUGUGAAGAACAGCUGGGGCCCUCACUGGGGUGAGAGUGGCUACUUCCGGAUCCGCAGAGGGACUGAUGAAUGUGCAAUUGAGAGUAUAGCUGUGGCAGCCAUACCAAUUCCUAAAUUGUAGGACGUAGCUCCCAGUGUUCCAGGUCUUUAUCAUUCAGAGUGAUUUAGUCACAGGCUUGAGACUUUUCCAAAGCAAUACCACUAGGUAUCCUUAUAAUAAAUAAUAAAUAAUACUAAAUAUAAUAAUAAAUAUAAAGAUAAUGAUAAAUAUAACUAAGAUACCACUAGGUAGCCUUAAAGAAUUUUGCCUUUGAAUUUAAAACCAUCUUUUUUUUUUUUUCUUUUAAUACCCUCCCCAUCAACCACUGAACUACUUUUCUUUCUAAAGUGCUUGGUUAAGUAAUACUUUUAUGAGCAGUGGUUAAGUUGUCAGAUAUUUUUUGCUGGUCAUCUAUAAUGCAACCAGAUAUUUCAUUUUUAAAAAUCUAUGUAAAGUGCAAGCUCAUUUUUUAAUUACAUAAAUCACAUGAAAACAGCAAAAUGGCUAAUUUUUUAAAAAGAGUUUUAAAUAAAUGUUCCUGUAAUCAGUACUAUAGAAAUUUUAUGUAAGUUUACAAGAAUCUUUGUCACUGAUUUCUUCCCUUAGAAGCAUUUAUGUUCCAUGGAAGUACUUCCUUUAUGGAGAAAAAACAAUGAAAAUCUUUCAUGUAUAAAACAACCAAGGGAGAAGUGAAGCUUCAUCAGCUGCAAAAGUGCUUGCUUGGCAAACAUGAGGACCUGAGGUCAGUCUUCAGGAUCUAUGUCAGAAAAACAAGACAGAUAUGCUGACACACUUGUAAUUCUAGCACUAGGGAGACAGAGACAGAUGGAUCCCUGGAGCUUACUGGUCAACCAGCAUAGUUAAAGUGGACAACUUUCAAUGAGUGACCUGUGUCAAAAUCAAGUUAGAUAGUGUUCCUAGAAGCUAUAGCCAUAGGUUAACUUCUGACCUGCUGGUUUCUGUACCUGCUUGGGCUUCCAUACACACAUGAACAUACCCUUAAAUAAGUAAAUAAAACAACACAGGACUUUUUAACCUUGUCAAGGAGUAUCUUCUGACAAUACCUAGUGAACCCUAAAAUUCAUACAGGAAAUAAAAAGGAAUUUUUACAAUA